AUGUGGAGUGGUGCCAUGCAGUUCCUCACGCUGUUCACUGCACUGAAAGCCGCCUGUGUGCUGCUGCUCUCCUCCCGCAUCUCCAGCUCAGCGGCGGCCAACAGCAGCGGCCGGUGGUGGGGGAUUGUGAAUGUAGCGUCAUCCACCAACCUCCUCACCAAUAGCAAGAAUGUGCAAUUAGCCCUGGACCCUAGCCUUGCUUUGCUGAGCCGUCGGCAGAGGAGGCUAAUUCGGCAAAACCCCGGCAUCCUCCAUGCCAUUGCAGCCGGUCUUCAUGCGGCAAUCAAGGAGUGCAAGUGGCAGUUCCGCAACCGCCGUUGGAACUGCCCGACGUCCCACACCCCUACAGUGUUUGGCAAAAUCAUCAACAGAGGCUGCCGAGAGACGGCAUUUGUGUUUGCCAUCACAAGUGCUGGUGUUACCCAUGCGGUGGCGCGGUCCUGUUCUGAAGGCUCUAUCGAAUCGUGCACUUGUGACUAUCGGAGACGAGGGCCAGGGGGUCCAGACUGGCACUGGGGAGGCUGUAGCGACAAUGUUGAUUUUGGCAGGAUGUUUACACGGGAGUUUGUGGACUCUAGUGAGAGGGGCCGAGAUCUGAGAUACCUCAUUAAUGUCCACAAUAAUGAGGCGGGGAGAAGUACGGUUUCCUCAGAGAUGCAUCAGGACUGUAAGUGUCACGGGAUGUCAGGUUCCUGCACGAUUCGCACCUGCUGGAUGCGUCUGCCCAGCUUCAGGACAGUUGGAGACUUAUUAAAAGACCGUUUUGAUGGUGCUUCCAGAGUGGUGUACGCCAAUAAAGGCAGCAACCGGGCAUCUCACCGAGCUGACCCUCGCCACCUCCAGCCGGAGAACCCUGCUCACAAACUCCCUUCUGCGCAAGACCUCGUCUACUUUGAAAAAUCGCCCAAUUUCUGCUCCUACAACAGCAAAAUAGGUACGCUUGGGACAUCUGAGCGCACCUGCAACAGUUCCUCACCAGCGUUGGAUGGCUGUGAGUUGCUGUGCUGUGGGAGAGGGUAUAAGACCCGGAUUGAGAAGAUCACUGAGAGAUGUCACUGCACUUUCCACUGGUGCUGCCAUGUGAGCUGCCUAAACUGCACCAGGACGCAGACACUGCACCAGUGUUUAUAA